UUAAUACUUACCUAAAUAAUUUUUAAUUUUAACUUUAAUUCGUGCAGAAAGGUUUAAUUAAUUUGUUCUGCGCAUGGCAAUUGGUUGUGUGCGCAAUACAGACGAUAUAAAAUUCAAAUUGGCGCCCUUUUUUAAUCAAAGCUUCUUUAGAGUACUGCGCAUCCGCACACCACAGCCUGGCAUGGCACGCGUUCUUUCACUGCUUUCACUGCCGCGUGCGCGAAUCGGUCGGUCGGUGCCGGUGUAGUUACUGGAUUGGAGUUGUCGGUCAGUGCGCGUCGAGCCAGUACGGAGGGGUUGUUUCAUCGCGUGUUCUCGUUCUUCCUCCUGUAUCCUCCGCUUUACUUCCGACAUUCGCGUCUACGGAUCGCCGACAUCGUCGUGGCGAUAGCUGUUUUAAAUCAUCAAACGUGCUUACAGAGCCGAAUCGCGAUUAAGACGCCACUUUCUCGCGAAUGUAUAAGCUUAAGUGUCGCGUCCCGCGUAUUUGCCGCGUCGGUUCGUGAGUGUAUCUCGAGUGCCCGCUACGAGAGAAAUAAGUAUGAGUGGUAUGCUGCCGAUAUUAUGUGUUAUUCUGAUCCUUAGCGUCGCGACGACCACAGUGCGCGCUGGAUUGAAAUGUGAUACUGUCAAGCCGUACUUCGAGGCGCAGGGCUUUCCGGCCAGUGACAUUCCCAAGGAGGCUAUCUCAUCAAAGGAGCUGAAAAUAUGCGGCAGCGUGAGAAGCGGUGGCGAGGUGUGCUGCUCCGCGGACAUGGAGGUGAGACUGCAGGCGAGGGCACGUGACAAACACGAGAAAGCCACCAAAGAAACUCUCGAGCGGAUGCACCAGGUCCUGUCGACGAGAGGAACCAGAUUUCACAAUUUCUUCAAAGAUCUUCUCGCGACCAGCAAGAGAGGCUUUCACGAAAUGUUCAAGAAGACUUAUGGAAUUCUGUAUGAACAGAAUGCGUACGUGUUUACAGACCUGUUCAAGGAGCUGGAAAAUUAUUAUGCCAAGGGAACGGUGGAUCUUGACGAUGCAAUGGACAAUUUUUUCAAUACUCUGUAUCAGAAGAUGUUCACGGUGUUGAACAGCCAGUACAAUUUUGACAAUAAGUAUUUGGAAUGCGUGGGAGAGCACAUGAAAGAGAUGAGACCGUUCGGCGAUGUUCCACAGAAAUUGGGGGUGCAAAUAAAGAGAUCUUUCGUUGCAACGAGAGCCUUUAGCCAGGCUUUAACGGUCGCUGCGGACGUCUUGAAGAACAUGCAAUCGUUGAAGCCUUCGGUGGAUUGUGCCGCCGCACUCACAAGGAUGACGGUUUGUCCGUCCUGCAGCGGGAUCGCGGAUAGCGUGCUGGCGUGCGGUGACAUGUGUGCCAACGUGAUGAAGGGUUGCCUAGCCCAGCAUGCGGCACUGGACGCUGAAUGGAAUCACUUUGUCGAGGCUGUAGACAAGGUGGCCGAUCGACUGCUAGGUCCGUUCAACAUCGAAAUGUUAGUACGACCCAUAAACCUGAAAAUUUCCGAGGCGAUAAUGAACUUUCAAGAGAACAGCCACGACGUCUCACAAAGGGUUUUCACGGGCUGCGGUCGGCCUGUAUUGGGUAGACGCAGGCGUCGUCGAGACAAUCGGGAGUUGGAACUCGAAUCGUUGAACUUUGAUCAAGAAACGUCGACGGACGAUCGAGCCUCGACUGCUGCUAUUUUAGAUAAAUUGGUGAAGGAGACGCGGCAACGGGUUCGAGAUUCGAGGCAAUUCUGGGUCUAUUUGCCCUAUAAGCUGUGCAAUGACGGUCUGGUGGUGCCUCCCAGUAAUACCAAGGAGUGUUGGAAUGGCACGCACGUGGACGAAUACAAAUACCCAGUCUCGUCGAAUGGAGAAACUCAGACAUUGAAUCCGGAAGUGCGGAGCUUCGGACCAAGGCCGACAAUCGUCAGGGAUCAGGUAUUCGCAUUGACCACUAUCACCAAUAGGCUCAAGUCUGCGUAUAACGGACAGGACGUCGAUUGGAUAGACACAGAUACCGAGUGGAACGGGUCAGGAAGUGGUUCCGGAGACAGUACGGAUCAGGAUACGAUUACAGACGACGAAGACGGAUUCAAGGAAGGUUCCGGUUACGAGCCGAAACCUUCGCCUCCGGAAAUACCGAAGCAAUCACCGCCAGUGGUUCACCCGGAAGUUGUGCCCCCGCGAGUGGACAUGGAACAGAAUCCAGCCAUCAGCAACAAAAAUACCACGUCCAGCGUAGGCAGUGGCGCGACCAGACAAAAGAUUUCGCUGUCUCGCGCGUUGACGACGUAUCUCGUGCCCAUAGUUGUGAUGUGGUUCGGUGGUUGCCUCACCGAGUGGCUGUGAUCGUGUGGUUUUCGGUGAGAAUGUGCAGAGAAUGAUGUAAAUAAUUAUUCCUUUUAACGAUAAACGCGCUCCUCCUCGACUGGAGCAGAAGAAUUGAAGAAAAAAAUGCCGGCCAGUCGAGAAAGAGAGGAAGGAGGGAACUGAAAAGCGUGUUUCUCUUUUUCACGGAGCCACGGUGCAUCUUGUUUUUCAAUCGCAUAUCGUGUUCAGAGAUAAGCUAAUGGGAUUAUCGACUUGAUUCUGCUGGCUCGGAGUCCGAGAGAAAGAGAAGACUGGACUCAUUGGACAAAGGAUCGAUAGCUAGGACCGACUUCUGAGACUUUUCACGACCGACGAGCGUGCCUUCAAUACGAGUGGCAAGGCCGGCACUAGGAGGAUUAGGAUUCAAGCUUUUUUUGAAGCUUUCUCGCGUAUUCGUACGCUAUUGUUGACAAAUAAAGAUUAAAUUUUUGACACGAAAAGAACGGCGGGAUUAAGGCGAUGACUGGCGUGUAACAGAUAUUUCGUACGGUUUAAUCUUCCUUUUCUUGUAAUUCUUUAAGUAUUAAAUGAUUCCUUAACUUUGUACUCGAUUUGUGAAGUGUGCUCGAUUCAAACACGGAUGGAAAGAAAUUUGUUCGAUGUGACGAUUUAUUUUUAUCUACGAUCUCAGAUUUGUAGGUGGCAAUUAUUUUCAUUCGUAUUCAGAACAAUUUUAUUAACCGACAUUCAAGUUACAAUCGUCCUGGCAAUCGGAUCUCGACAAAACAACCGAUCAAGAAUGGACUCCUGUGAUAAAGUUUUAAAAAUAAAAUGAAGAAAAAUAUGGAGAUAAUUAAAAAUCUAAUGAAAA